AUGUCCGAGCGAAUGGCCAAGCAACGGCUGUUGCAACGCUCGAUCGAGCGCGCCAUGGACAACUUCAAAAAAAUUGGAAGGAACAAUCUGACUCCCGCAAAGAUUCGCACCCGGAUCGCAUCGCUUAAAGAGGCUUGGUCGCAAUAUCAAGAAGGUCACGCCACUCUGACGCAGGUGAUGCCUGCUGCCACGCAGGCCACAUUGGACUACUUCACCCAGGGCCAGUUCGAGAGUACCGAGGACGUUUUCACUACAACGUGGGAGUACAUGGCGGAGCUGUUGGAGGAGAUGGAGCCGAUCGUGAGUCCGAACCCGAGCACCUCCGCAUCGCGGUUCCCGUCGGAAGCGUCCGCGUUCUCUCUAUCGCAUCUUCCGCCCAUUAAAUUGCCUCCGUUUGAUGGCAAUUAUGACGAGUGGGAACAAUUUCGCGAUCGGUUCACGGCGCUUAUUCGCCAAAACAAGGAUCUCACGAACUUCGCGCGUAUGCAUUUCUUGUCAUCCUGUCUCAAAGGGCGCGCCGCGGAAUGUAUCGCGAGCCUCUCCGUUACCGCAGACAAUUUCGAAAUCGCUUGGCACGCAUUGACCUCGCGCUAUGAAAAUAAGCGACGCUCGCUAAACGUUCAUCUUUCAACAUUGGUUAAUUUAACGGCUAUAACGCGCGAAUCGGCUUCCGAGUUGCAAACCUUGCGAGAUAAAGUAAAUCAUGCGGUAGCGGCGCUCAAAAACCUUAAUCGAAAGUCGGAGGAACUUUGGAACGACACUCUCGUUCACCUCAUCGUUCAAAAAUUAGAUCCGAUCACGCGGAAAGCGUGGAACGUCAAAGUCGGCGAUACCGACGAUCCCCCAUCGUACGACGACCUGAAGAGCUUUCUAACAUCUCGCGCUCGCGCAUUGGAAGAAUUUGCGAUAGCCUCAUCCUCGAAAGCCGCUGUCACGUCCAAAGUUCACACCGCAACUGCAUCCGCUCAUGCACAGAACAAAUGUCCGCUGUGCAAAUCUCAACAUUUUUUAAAUUUGUGCCCUAAGUUUGUGAGCAAGAGUGCGAGUCAGCGUCGGGAAAUUGUUAAGCAGCAUCAACGAUGCUUCAAUUGUUUGAGCGCGAAACAUGCCGUCCAGGCGUGCCGCAGUAAAUAUUCUUGUCGCGUGUGCGACAAGAAGCAUCAUUCUAUGCUGCAUUCCGACUCGGACUCUUGCCCUAGCUCCUCCGACGCGGCCGCGCUUAAUUGCUCGUCGCCUCAAAUUGCAGAUUCGAAACCGGAAGUCAAUUCGCUCCUCGUUUCGACAGCGACGAAAAAGCUCUCUCCGAUCUUGCUCGCGACAGCCUGGGUCACCGUGCGCGUCGCGUCCGGUCGCACCGCGGUCGUUCGAGCGCUCCUCGACCAGGGAUCUGAAAUGACGUUCAUUUCACAAACCCUGGCGCAAACCUUGCGCGCAAAACGCCUUAAGAUGCCGAUAUCCGUAUCCGCCGUGGGUGGUAUCAACGCUGGUACGUUCCAGCACGUAACAAAUAUUUUCAUCUCGUCGCGGAAAUCUCUCGUUCCGUCAUUCGCUACAACCGCGCUUAUUCUCAAAUCGCUGACUUCAUAUACUCCGAAACGCAAUGCGGACAUUUCGUCGCUGUCGUACCUCUCGGAUUUGCCAUUGGCCGACGCGGAUCCGACGAGUCCCGACCCUAUUAGUAUCAUUAUCGGGGCCGAUCUGUACAGCGACAUCAUCCUGGAUGGUGUUCGCAAGGGCGGGCUCGGGUACCCUCUCGCCCAAAACUCUGUUCUCGGGUGGGUCAUAUCGGGGCCCACCCAUUCAUCCGCACCAACUGACCGCUCUACGGCGACAACAUCUUCCCAUUGCUCGUUCAAUUCCAUUUCCGUUCAUCACUUAGUCGGCUCUCCUUCUCUUGACGUCGAACUUCGCCGCUUCUGGGAAGUCGAAGAACUGCCGCGCCAAUCUCUUCUCUCGCCUCAGGAAAAACAGUGCGAAGAGCAUUUCUGCUCGACUCACUCGCGCGAUCCCAAUGGACGGUACGUCGUGCGUCUUCCUUUCAAGGAAACGCCUCCUCUCAAUAUCGGUAGCUCAAGAUUUCGCGCCGAGAAGUUGUUGCAUACGCUAACGCGUCGCUUUCACGACAAGCCGGAAGUCGCGAAGGAGUAUCAUGAUUUUCUAUCACAAUACGAGCUUUUGGGGCACAUGCGGCCAGCUCCGCUACCUCAAAAUCAAUCCGAACAACUCGUAUACCUUCCUCACCACGGGGUAAUCCGGGAGGAUAGCUCUACAACGCAUCUCCGCGUUGUAUUCAACGCUUCGAGCGUUACUUCCAACGGCACAUCGUUGAACGACCAUUUACAUGCCGGUCCGAAAUUACAAACCGAUAUUACCUCCAUCAUAUUACAAUGGCGACGAUAUAAAUACGUGUAUUCUUCCGAUAUAGCGAAAAUGUAUCGCCAGAUUCGCGUCGACUCUCGAGAUAUAAAUUAUCAGCGCAUUCUUUGGAAACCGUUGUCUUCCGAGUCCGUGACCGAUUACCAGUUGCUCACUGUAACGUACGGUAUGGCCUGCGCGCCGUAUCUAGCACUUCGUGUUUUGAAACAGCUGGUCGUCGAUGAAGGUCGGCAUUUUCCGCUGGCGGUUCCCAUCCUUCGCGAUAACAUUUACGUGGAUGAUGUCCUUUUCGGAGCCGACGAUCCUACUAUCAUUCGGAAAACGCGUGAUCAGCUCAUCGCUCUGUUGACCCGCGGUGGUUUCGAGCUUCACAAAUGGGCGAGCAAUUCUCCCUCACUCCUCGAUGAUAUCGAUAUCGCGAAUCACGGCCUGGCCGGUAAAAAACCACUCUCUCCUGAUGAACGACUUAAUAUUCUCGGCAUCGGGUGGCACCCGGCGACAGACGUGUUCGAGUUUCGCGUGUCGUUGGACAAUGGCAUCCCGAGUACGAAGCGCGCGAUCUUAUCCGCCAUUGCUAAAUUGUAUGACCCGUUAGGCUGGGUUACUCCGGUAACCAUCACGGCUAAAACCUUAAUGCAAAACCUAUGGCGAAUCAAGCUCGAAUGGGAUGAGAGGAUUCCCGACACUCUAUUGACAAAAUGGAGAGAAAUUUACUCCCGACUUCGGCAUCUCGGCGAUUUGCAGAUCACGCGCUGGACCGGCAUCGGACCGGAUACCCGUCAUGCGGAAAUCCACGG